GAUUCAGCACCGUCCUCUCAUGCAUUAAGCCUUUUGUAGGCUUCAAUUUUCUCUUUGUCGCUCCUGCGUAGGUUCUGAGUGGAUGGAAGGGUCCGACUUUGAGUCAGUGCAGAGGUAGCUGAGAUACCAUCCAAGGCUCUGUCGUUUGCAGCUAUGUGCGUGCCCAACCGUCCACAGCACUUUCUGUUGGAAUCCUCCAACGGAGAUGGAGGUCCUGUACUCAAUCGAACCCUCGAGAGUAGGGUAAGAGGCGAUGAAGGUCAUGCCAUUCUGUCUAGUUUCGUCAGACAGUGACCUUACUCGUCCGGAGGGAGAGGGAGACAGCGAUCCUGUGUCCUCGGAUUUCGUCCGUGGGGUAUAUAAGACGCCAUGCGCGACCCACAACUCCCAGCUACAAUGCCCUCCUCUUCCCUCCUCGGUCCCGACACCUUUUCUCCCGUCGAUGUCGCUGUGAACGACCGCAACGAUCUCGAGACGGCUAUCAGCGCAGACGACCCCACGGGUGUCAACGACGUGAGCGACCCCGGCGUGUCAAAUGACGACGAGGGGGGGUACGCAAAGAAGCCAGCAAAGGCGUUCUUGCCUCGCGGGCCACCGAAGCCACCUGUCAGAGGGCCGGGGCCCGCCCCCAAACCUUUGAAGCCUGCUCCAGCGCCCGCGCCUGCAACUCAGCAGCCGAAGCCUGCUCCGCCACCACAGCUUAAGCGCACGUAGACGGCGAUGAAACUAUACACAUUUGAAUGUGACCACAUACAUCAAGGCUAUCCACCGACAUACCAAGUACAUGCUCGAAAGCUCACGAUGACGUAGUUAGAUCAGACUGGCCCUCGUACCUCCACAUACCUACACUCGCCUCACGUAUCUAUACAUUCGCUCCUGGGCGUGGAAAUGUCCAUCGUCUUUUUCUCUGUUGCGCCCAUAC